AUGAAGUUCUGCGGUUGUUUAACGGUUGAAAAAGACUCACGAGAUGAAAACCCUACGAAAUAUGUCAAACGAUACUUUCUCAAACGUGAUCUACAAAAGAACAACAUGGGUGGAUCAGCAUUGGGCGUCAAAUCACAAAAAGAUCGAACGAAACGAAAUACAACGAUGGACACGACAUCGACUACAGCGAAAAAUACUUCGAAGAUUCAAUUCUCAUCGGAAUCGAUUGAUAAAGUUGUCCUCCGUGAUAGCCGUCAUGAUACAUCGAAACGCCGUUCAGUAACAUUCGCUAAUGAUAGUGAAACAGAACAGCGUAAAUUUCUUCGAUUGAACAAAAUAAAACGUGGAUCAAUCGACGAACUUCAAUUCAAUGGAAGCAAACGUGCAAAUAGAAGUUCGCCAAAUGUCAAUGAUUUUACACCAACACUGAACACAUCGUAUGAAACGACUACUGGUGACGAACUCGAUAAUUCUCAACAGAAGAAAACAGUUGUCCGUCGUCGGAAACGAAGUAAAUCUCCAAGAAAACAACUACCGUCUGAACUUCUCGAUGCUAUCAAAUUUGAUCUGGUUGAAUCUGUUGGGUUAGAUGAAAAUCAAUUGAAAGUUAUUCCUUAUGAAAAUGUCAAAACCUCGUCUCAACCAAUGAGAAUUAGUAUCUCAUCUUACACAUCUCGACAACAUCAACGCCGACGACGUUGCUCAUCGCCAUUCAAUCGUGGUGUCGUUCACAGUGUAUCAAGUCAGGUUUUACACUAUCAAGCUCAACCUACAGUUGUUUGUGUAGCUCAAGUGAAAUCCACAAAAAUUCUAAAUCUGACGAAAAAAACAGAUAAUUCUACGUAG